AAACUGCAUAAAGUUAAAAAUGUGGUUUGAAGUUAAUACAGACGACCAAAUGGACAUUCAAGAGACUUCAAAGAACUUAGUAACCUCUUUUCACGACAAGCGGCCAACGAGUUCUCACGGCGUAUAAGGCAUAUACGACGUUCAAGGCGUACAUGGUGUGAAGCUGGAUGUACCAAAGAGACCCGAUGUGCCCACAGCAAUAAACGCCCGUUGCAAAGAACUGACCUGUGUCUGUGUUGUCGCGAAGAGAGCUACAGUGAGAACUCGACCUGCUCGGCGCGGGUAUGAGAGAAGACGAGAUUACGGCGGGUAACGACGUGAUGAAGAUCCAGCAUGUAAGAUAAGCAAAGCCCAGGACACACUGUCGACAUAGCUACCACAAGCAAAUGUUAUAAGACUUUGUUAAAAGGUGCGACUUUCCGUAUAAAGGCCAGAAAGAGCUCUACCAAAGCCAUCUUAAGUCAAGUGGUGUGAGAAGUGGUUUAACUUGGAAAUUGCAGUUAAGGAUUUAAGUCUAUUACCCUUGCAUACUGUUUAGCCUGUGUUUAAGAAAAUAUCUAAUGUGCUGGUAUUCAUGAUUGUUACAUGCAACAAAUCUAAAAGGAAGAAAGUUCAAGCCCCUUAAGCAAAUUAACACGUUUCAGUAAGGUUAAAGGAAAGUACAUUGUAAUUUAUUUUCUUUAUUUAUACUUUGAAAGGUAACAGAAGUUAAAGUAUAACUUAAGCUAAGUUUAAAGAGUAAUUUCAUUGAUGUUUUUUCAAUUUCAAGUGUAAAAACAAGUGUUUUGAUGCCUUUUGAGCAUAUUUAAUUCACAAUUAAGGUUUAUGUUAAUUAAGGUUUGUGUUUUGCCAAACUAAUUCCUAGUUUAAGCUAACUUGAAGUCUAAACAAGUUUAAAUACUGACACAGUUUGUGGUACAACAUUUACGUAUUCAGAGUUAGACUUCGCUCACUGUCUUCACACAUCUGUUAAGAUUCAAAUAAUUACUAAAAUUUCCUAGUUAAUCACACUUAGCCUACUGUAGCUUACACACAGCCCAAAAUGUCAAACUCAAGUCCUGAGACCUGUCAUGAGAAUAGAAAAUCAUCUGCUCAAGCCGAAACUAUAGACAUUGGAGCUACAGAAGAUGUAGAAAGGCUACGAAGAAGCGAAAGAACCCGAACCCUAACAGAAAAGGGAAAAGAAUUCGAAGAAGAAAAGCUAAAGAGCAUACAACGUCGGUAUAGAAUACUCUAUGAGAAGUGGAGGUAUCACGCAAGAACAAGCAAAGAAAUACUGAAUGAUGAGGCCUCCGAAGACGAAUUGUAUGAGCUAAUUGAGAACAUGAAAGCUACGUGUUCUGAUGUAAAGAUGGUUUACGAAGAAUUACGUAGAGUCCAAGCUCCUGAAGCAGAACUGCGACGUAGAGUAGACACAUGUAUAUCGCUGUCAGGAUUUAUCAUUCAAAAGGCAGAAAGGCAUCUUAAAGGCAUCACAACAGAAGAUCCCUGGCCUGAUGUUGGAUCGAUCCUGAACUCUACAUGUUCUCCAUCAAGACCACUGUCACAUCAAUCACAAUGUGGUUCUGUCAACUCUAGCUUCCACUCGCUUAAAAAACAUGAGGCUGCUGCCGAAGCUGCUGCAUCGCAGGAGGUUUUAGCGGUGUUGGAUGAACAAGAAAAGGAAAUGACAGAACUUCAAAGGUUAGAGGUUGAAGAUAAGCAACGACUGGCACAGUUUGAGUCUGAGAACCUUGCUAGACAGCAAGCGAUGCAAGAGCAGCGUAGAAAACUCGAACGUCUUGAAGAAGUGAAGAAACUGAAUGCCGCAAGAGCUCGAGUAAAGGUCUACGACCAAAUCGAAGAAAACUUCAAAGCGAUUGACUUGCCUCAUACUGUUGCAUUAGCAGGAGAACCUCAAACACUCUAUGCUUCAAGUCCCCCAUUCAUUCCUCCAUCUCUACCAGUCGCAUCACAAAUUCUCAAUGCCUCAAGUCCCCCAUUCAGUCCUCCAUCCCUACCAGUCGCAUCACAAACUCUUCUUGCCUCAAACACCCCGUUCAUUCCUCAAUCUCUUCCAGCUACAAUGCAAGCCCUUCAUAGUCCACAAAGCCUUCAACUGGUAUCUCAAGCCCCAUCAACUUUAGUGCCCAUACCUCAAGUGCAGAACAGCUCUGAUUUGGUCAACGUUCUAGCAGAAGCUAUAAGUGCUAAUCGUCUUCCAACUCCAGAGCCCUCAUUAUUACUGGAGAUCCUUUGA